ACUUGGAACCCUUUGGUAAGUACAUAGCCAACUAUUGUCGUAUGUUUUGUUAUAUCGUUAAUGGCAAUGAAUCUUAGCAAGAACAAAGGCUAUGGAUGGGCGGUUUCAGCUGGACUUAAUGCCGCUUUUGCUGCCAUUUCUGCCAAGUUCAUUGGCCCACAGCUUUUUAGGUAUGCCAUGGUUAUAUUUUUCAAUGUAGUGAUGUGGGGAUGCUAUGUGAAUAGCUUGAAAGCUCUCUCAUCUCUUCAAGCAACUGUCACCAACUUUGCAACCAACUUUCUUUCUUCUGGUUUAGCUGGAUUUUUCCUCUUUCAGGAACCUCUAUCACUCAAGUGGUUUGCAGGUGCCCUUCUCAUUGUAGUUGGUGUAUUUGUACUCAGUAGGUCGAGUAUAGAAGAGAAAAAGAGCAAAGACUAAAGCUUUAUUGGCUUUUUUUCUUGUAUAAGAGCCAUUUUUUUUUUGUUAAUUUUCAGAAUCAUGAUUUCAGUUUCUGUAGAUUUGUUCAUUCUUAGAACUGAUUUGAGCAGACUUUUGUGUUUGAAUUUUAAAACAGGGCAAAAUACAAUUGAAGCAUAUGAUAGUUCUGCUAUGUUCUCAUACAAUUGAAGUAGAUUAGAAGAAGUAGAAUGUUCUCCUUCAGUUGAAUGCUUAAAACCGAAUGAUUACAUGAAUUCUGCCAUUUGAGAAUUAAGAGUGAAAGUCACUUUACAAAAGAAUUAGCUAACUGCUCCAACAAACUAUACAAACCCCUUGGCACCGACUCAACUGGGAAAUGACAAAACUACCCCUAGUUGGACCCUUUAUUACAGACGCACAAGACCCACCACAAACAUAUACCAACUAGCACCAGUUGAUUAAAAAGUCAAGAACUAAUGUAAUGUUUGGUCCUUACUCCUUCCU